CUAUAAAGACAGAGACUUCACUCACUAAACCCAUGUUCAAUUUCUGGCCUUUUAUUUUCCAUCCCAAUUUUCCCUUCAAAAUCCGACUCUUCUCUGGUGUAAUCAGAGAAGACGAUGAAGAUUUCAGGAUAUGGAUCGAUUUGGCUACUCUGGUUGUUCCCAUUGGUUGCAAUUGCAAAUGCAAGUUCUCUGGAAGAUGGAUCUCUGCAAACAUACAUAGUCCAGACCUCCGAUUCGAAGAUGCCAUCAACUUUUGGUAAUCCUGAGGGAUGGUAUUCAUCUCUGGUCGAUUCCUUGCACGGUCUUGACGAAGAUCAAGACGGAUCUCAGAGCAUUCUGUAUAACUACAACCAGGUCUUCCAUGGAUUUGCAGCGAAGCUCACUCGGGCCCAAGCAAAGGCCUUGGAGAAAACAGAUGGGAUUUUAGCGGUCAAUCCGGAGAUGACAUACCAGCUUCAUACGACACGGACUCCGCAGUUCUUGGGAUUGAAUGCCCAAAAUGGUGCCUGGAAUUCUCAAUCUGGUAAGUCCGAUAAUAUUAUCAUCGGGCUGUUGGAUAGCGGGAUUUGGCCUGAAAGUCCCAGCUUCUCCGACUAUGGAAUGAAGCCUGUGCCGGUGCAUUGGAAGGGAGGGUGUGAAUCCGGGACAAAUUUCAGUGCCUCUCACUGUAAUAAAAAACUGGUGGGUGCGAGAUUUUUCAGCAGAGGCUACGAGGCUUCAAGUGGUCCGAUCAAUGAGACUGUUGAGUACAGAUCUCCGCGAGAUCAGGCCGGUCAUGGAACCCACACGGCAUCCACAGCUGCGGGAGGAUUUGUGCAAAAUGCCAGCUUUUUUGGGCUUGCGAGUGGCACAGCCUCAGGAAUGGCUCCCACAGCAAGAAUUGCGGUUUAUAAGGUCUGCUGGGCUCGUGGGUGUGUGAGCUCUGAUAUUCUGGCCGCCAUGGACAAAGCUGUUGAAGAUGGAGUCGACAUUAUGUCUCUGUCACUGGGAGGCAAACAGACUGUGGGGUAUGAAUCAGAUUCUGUUGCAGUGGGUGCUUUUACGGCGAUGCAGAAGGGGGUGUUCGUAUCAUGCUCGGCUGGGAAUUCAGGCCCAGAUCAAUUGAGUGUGGAAAAUAUGGCUCCCUGGAUUACCACAGUCGGUGCAAGCACUGUGGACAGAGAUUUCCCAGGCUCUGUAGUCCUCGGCAAUGGGGCUCGUUUCAGUGGGGUGUCACUCUACGCAGGCAGAAUGUUACCCAAAGGAAAACUCUUCCCUCUUGUGUACAUAAUCAAUGGGACUGAUGACAGUAAUCUGUGCCUUGAUGGUAGCCUGGAUCCCAACCUGGUAAAAGGCAAAAUUGUGAUGUGCGACAGAGGAACAAAUUCCCGGGUCGCGAAAGGUUUUGUGGUGAAAUCCGCAGGGGGCGUGGGUAUGAUAAUGGCGAACACUGAGGGCGAAGAUCUCUCUGCCGACAGCCAUGUAAUUCCUGCCAUUGGAGUCGGAGCUCAAGCCAGAAAAUCCAUCCUAAACUACAUCAAAACUAACGGAGCACCAAGCGCAACGAUUGAGCUAAUGGGCACAGUGGUCGGCACUAGACCAGCCCCUGUAAUCGCCGGGUUUUCCUCACGGGGGCCGAGUUUUCUGUCGCCACAGAUUCUGAAACCCGACAUCAUUGCUCCGGGUGUGAACAUCCUUGCAGCCUGGACAGGCGCAUCAGGACCAUCGAGUCUGGAUAUCGAUACUCGCAGAGUGAAGUUCAACAUCAUAUCUGGAACAUCCAUGUCGUGCCCACAUGUGAGUGGUAUUGCUGCACUGAUAAAAGCUGCUCACCCAGAUUGGAGCCCUGCGGCCAUCAGAUCAGCCCUCAUGACCACAGCUAACAGUGUCGACAACACGGGAAAAGCUCUGAAAGAUGCCGACUCUGGUGCAGACUCGACUCCAUUUGCACACGGUGCUGGUCAUGUCGACCCCAACAGAGCUCUCACUCCUGGUCUCGUCUACGACAUGGGUGUACAAGACUAUGUCGAUUUUCUCUGCUCUUUGAACUACACUCCAGAGCAGCUCAGGCUUAUAACCAAAAUGAAUGCUCAUUGCAGUUCAAAGUCCCACCUUGGAAGCAUCAAUUAUCCCUCUUUUGCUGUAGUUUUUACCAAUUCUGAUACUAAUUCUUCUACCCAGGUGCUCAAAUUCAGCCGGACCUUGACGAAUGUUGAGGAUGGUGCUUCGGUUUACAGUGUUCUUGUGAGCGCACCGGCGGGUGUGAGAGUCGUGGUGAAGCCGACAAAGCUCUCUUUCGCGAAGCGGAAUGAGAAGGUUUCAUACACAGUGACUUUCAUUGCUGCAACUUCGGAGCUGGCGCCCAGUCACGGAUCGAUCACAUGGUCGAAUGGAGUACGCAAUGUCAGGAGUCCUGUUGUGGCCUUUAGUUGGCAGUCGUAAAGCUGCUUUCUUUCUGUGUUUUUACCUGUUUUCCUAACUUUAUUCAUGUGAUUCUUAUCUUUAUCUUAAAAUAACAAGACUAAGUCGUUCGAUCUCUGUUA